GGCCCGUUUUUUGCAGAGGGCUUAGCUGAGGCUGCUGGAACCGCCCCUCUGUUGCACCUUGUGCUAUAUUAGGACUUCUCAGACAGGAAGAAUUUUCUUUCGCUGGUGUAUCUGGUCCGGUUACCUUCAGGCCUAUAUCCAAGCAUCUCUGGAUAUUGCUUACCACCUGUGCUGUUGUUCUAGGACAAAUUCAAGGACAGAAGAACUCAGAGUGCCUUAAGGAAGAUUGGAUAACCAAGAUACGAGUAAUCAAGAUUCUGCUGUACAUGUGAAAAUGGUCCUGGAACCCUCUAACACGUGACUCUUUUCGAAGCAAGGAACCAUGUAGUCAGCCCACGAAAGGCUAUAGAAAGAAAAGAAGCCAAAGAUGAUGCCAGAAUUCCAGAAGAGUUCCGUUCGUAUCAAGAACCCUAAAAGAGUAGAAGAAAUUAUCUGUGGUCUUAUCAAAGGAGGAGCUAUGAAACUUCAGGUAAUAACAGACUUUGAUAUGACACUGAGUAGAUUUUCCUACAGAGGGAAAAGAUGUCCAACAUGUCAUAAUGUCAUUGAUAACUGUAAGCUGGUUUCAGAUGAAUGUCGAAAAAAGUUACUGAAAUUAAAGGAAAAAUACUAUGCUAUUGAAAUUGAUCCUGUUCUUACAAUACAAGAGAAGUUCCCUCAUAUGGUAGAAUGGUACACUCAAUCGCAUCGCUUGCUCAUUGAACAGGCUUUACCGAAAGCUAAACUUAAAGAAAUUGUGGAAGAAUCUGACGUUAUGCUCAAGGAAGGGUAUGAGCAUUUCUUUGGUAAGCUCCAAGAACACGAUAUCCCUGUGUUCAUAUUUUCGGCUGGAAUCGGAGAUGUGCUGGAGGAAAUCAUCCGCCAAGCUGGUGUUUAUUAUUCAAAUAUCAAAGUAGUGUCCAACUUCAUGGAUUUUGAUGACAAUGGGGUGCUCAAAGGAUUUAAAGGAGAUCUAAUUCAUGUGUUUAACAAACAUGACGGGGCCUUGAAAAACACAGAGUAUUUCAAUCAACUGAAAGACAACAGCAACAUCAUCCUGCUGGGAGACUCCCAAGGAGACUUAAGAAUGGCGGAUGGAAUAGCCAAUGUUGAACACAUUCUGAAAAUUGGAUAUCUGAAUGAUAGAGUGGAUGAGCUUCUAGACAAGUACAUGGACUCUUACGAUAUUGUCCUGGUGAAGGAGGAGUCCUUGGAGGUGGCCAACUCCAUCCUGCAGAAGAUCCUCUACAAAUGAGCCCUCUUCCGGGGGACGUCCUCCCUGCGCCUGCGUGGACGCGAGACCCUCCGCGUGUGUCCAGCUGCGAGACUUAUUUAUAACUUGUCCUUGCCCAGCCUUGUCCAAUCCCUCGACCAGGAACCCCUUUUUCUCCGCCUCUCUCAGCACACUCCUCACCGUAUUUUUUAACAUUAAAAAAAAAAAUCUGCAAGUGAAAAUUUGAAAAAUGACUGCCUACAUUUCCAGAGUGAAUUUUAUAGUUUGAUAUUGUGAAGUUUUUGAGGAGUCUUUUUACAUGUGUGUGAUUAGAAGUAUUGACAUUUUUGUAAUUUGAGUGAAUUAUGCUGAUGGUAUCACCCUCUCUUGAAAUUGUGUUCAUUGUUUGCUGGGGGGGGGGGUGUUGAAAUUUACCAGAACACACUAGCACUUGGUGUUUGAAAAAACUUGGUAUCCACAUGUCACUAAUCAUUAUAAAAUGUUCUGUGUUGAUGCACUGAUAAUAAACAUGAAAUGAAAAGCC